AGGAACGUGAGGAAGUUGCGUGAAGUGCAGCGCUUUGAGGGGGGCAGCGUUCACGUCAGAGGGAAGCUAUCCUGUCAACAAACUGCCACGGAGUGUAAUUUACCGAGUUGGCUAAAUGGACACGUGUUGACAGCAGCCCGUCGAGUCCAAUGAGAGCGCUUAUUCUCGGGGGGGAAAUGGAGUAAAUGUCCCCUGAGCUCUGACCCCCUGGAACAUCCAGACCCAUAUUUAUGUUUUGUGGUGAGGUCAUGACUACUGUCAACAUCACCAGAGAUCUCCUGCAGCGGCAGAUCAGAGACAAGAGAGCGUCCGGCUUCCAAAGGUCUUAUCAUGUGACCGACCCGUUCAUCAAAAGACUUGGACUGGAGGCCGAGCUUCAGGGCCAUACUGGCUGUGUCAACUGUCUGGAAUGGAAUGAAAGAGGAGAUCUACUGGCCUCGGGCUCGGAUGAUCAACAUGCCAUCAUCUGGGAUCCCUUCAGACACACAAAGCUUACAACUAUGCACACGGGUCAUGCAGCAAAUAUAUUCUCUGUAAAGUUCCUCCCUCACUCGGGGGACAGAAUUUUGAUAACGGGGGCGGCCGACACAAAGGUCCAUGUGCACGACCUGACGGUGAAGGAAACCAUCCAUAUGUUUUCUGAUCACACGAACAGAGUGAAACGCAUUGCUACAGCACCCAUGUGGCCCAACACCUUCUGGAGCGCUGCGGAGGACGGCAUCAUCAGACAAUAUGACCUGAGAGAGAGCAGCAAGCGCUCCGAGGUGCUGAUUGAUCUGACGGAGUUCUGCGGUCAGCUGGUUGAGGCCAAGUGUCUCGCUGUCAACCCACGGGACAACAACUACCUGGCGGUGGGAGCCAACGGGCCUUUUGUUCGCCUCUACGACAUCAGGAUGAUUAACAACUACAGAAAAUCCGUAGGUCAGAGCACAUCAGCAGCUGUGCACACAUUCUGUGACCGGCAGAAGCCGAUUCCAGACGAAGCUGGGCAGUAUUAUGUUGCAGGGCACCUGCCAGUCAAACUCCCGGACUACAAUAACCGCCUGAGGGUUUUGGUGGCCACCUACGUCACCUUCAGCCCCGACGGCACUGAGCUGCUUGUUAACAUGGGGGGUGAACAGGUCUAUCUAUUUGACUUGACAUUCAAACAGAGGCCAUACACCUUCUUACUUCCCAAAAAGUGCCAGUCAUCAACAGGAGAUGUACAGAAUGGAAAGACUACAAACGGCGCUUCAAACGGAAUUGUCUUGCCAUCCAGCCAUAUUCGAAUUGAAAGCAAGAUGCGUUUAAGUUCUACUGAGCUCCCCGCUCAUUUGGAGAAGAUCAAGCAACAAGCUAACGAUGCAUUUGCACGGCAGCAGUGGACCCAAGCUAUUCAACUGUACAGUUUGGGCAUUCAUCGGGCCAGCUGCAACGCCAUGCUGUAUGGGAACCGGGCCGCGGCAUACAUGAAGCGCAAGUGGGACGGAGACCACUAUGACGCCCUGCGGGACUGCCUUAAGGCUCUGACUCUGAAUCCUGCUCAUCUGAAGGCUCAUUUCAGGCUGGCACGCUGUCUGUUUGAGCUGAAGUAUGUGUCAGAAGCUCUAGAGUGCCUCGAUGAUUUCAAAGGAAAGUUUCCAGAGCAGGCGCAAAGUAGUGCGUGCGAUUGCUUGGAUAAAGAUAUCAAGGCUGCUCUCUUCACCAAGGCAGAAACAGCAGAAGAUAAGAAAGCCAACAGCUCCAUUCGGUUCCACUCCUUCAAUCGUAAGGAGUCGAUCCCUGAAGACGAGUUGGUGCUGAGGGAGCGCAGCUUUGACUACAAGCACAGAUACUGUGGCCAUUGCAACACCACCACGGAUAUCAAAGAGGCCAACUUCUUUGGAAGCAAAGGCCAGUACAUUGUCAGCGGCUCAGACGACGGCUCCUUCUUCAUAUGGGAAAAGGAGACCACCAACCUGGUGAGGAUCCUGCAGGGGGACGAGUCCAUAGUCAACUGCCUGCAGCCGCACCCCAACUCCUGCUUCCUAGCUACUAGUGGGAUCGACCCUGUGGUUCGAUUAUGGAGCCCCAGACCAGAGACAGAGACUGAGAACGGGCGAGUGGUGGAGGACAUGGAUAGCGCGGCUCAGGCCAACCAGCGGCGCAUGAACGCGGACCCCCUGGAGGUGAUGCUGCUCAACAUGGGCUACCGCAUCACGGGCCUGCGUGGCGUCGGCCCCGACGGCUCCGAUGACGAAGACAGCUCGGAGGGACAAGUGCAGUGUCGGCCGAGCUAAACGAACUUCCCACCGUUCUGGAGAAUGGAUGUAGGAACCGAAGCUCUCUCCCAGCUCCUGUUUGAAGCUUCACCCCACCUCCCCCCUCCCUCACUCCUCCCCAAUCUGACAGAAACAUUGAGUGAAUGUCACAUGUCUGCACUAUAGUUUGCCCCCCCCCAUGUCCAAAGAGGGGACUGGUUGAGACCGCUUUGAGGAGGGGACGCCCAUCCCGCCCUCAUCAAAGCAAAAAACCUCAGCCUCUCCCUCCAAAGGGGGGCGGUGGGGGGACGUGGACAUCUCACGAAGAGGGAGGAGGAGUUUGGCGCUUAUGUGGAGAAACACUAACCUCGCCUGCGCUUGUACGACCUGUUUUCAGGUCACCGUGGCCACACAGUGGCCGGAUCCUCCGCGGAGGAUCGGAUCACAGACUAGAAGACAGGGCUUUUGUUGCAUCUCCUGUCAGCUCUACAGUUGGAGCUUCGAGUCUUACUGCCCACUCAUUUCAGAAAGGCCGCACACACCCAAGUCGUUAAUUCCGAGGUUGACUUGGUCGUGUUUUCAGUGUUUAUGUUUCAGAGUUUUGAUCACAGGAAGCCUAGAUUUAAUUGUUGCUCCAAUGUAAUGUAUUUAUGAGCCCGAUCUAGUUGAUAUCUGUCAAAAAAAAAAGUGGUUUCUUCUGCCAAAGUCUUCAAUGAUUAAUGUGUACUUUGUUUCAUUGAAACAAUUCUACCACUUGUACUCCUUUUUGGUCAACAGAUUUUGCUACAUGAGAUUGUUCAACAAUAUAUCUAAAGAGGAAAAAAAAUUCAAUACAUUUUGGGGUUAUAUUUUUCAUUGACUGCAUGUUGUUAGGCAAAUUUUCAUUUGGGGUAUUUGGCAACGGGGAGUUAAAUAUUUGAAGGCUAAAUAUCUGCAUUGCUUGGGAUUUUGGCAAAAGAGGACACAACCAUCCAAUCUGUUGCAACAGUUAAUUCCCCCCAAAACAGUUGAAUAUGAAUUAAAGGGUCCUCAAUCACCUGCAACACUCGCUUCCAUAGGUUUUCUUUUCUUUUUUUUAUUAUUUAGAUGCUCUUAUUUUCUCUUAAGAUAACCUUUGUUGCAAACAAAGUAAAGAAUAAAACUAUUGAACACCUUG